CAUCCAAGCCGGGACGCAUGCGACCGCCACGUUCUCUCUCUUCCUCGUGCCAGCCCACCAAAACCAGGCGCCUCUUCACUCUUUCUCUCUCACCGUCUUUCUCUUCAUGUCCCCCUUUUAAAAUCUCUCUCUGAGCAAUCUAAUCAUUUGAGCUUAGAGAAGAGGAACCUGAAGAGAGAUCCCCUUCCUCUCUAGGGUUUGUACUUCUCCGAUUUCGCAUCACGGAAUCCGUUUAUCCAGACCGAGAGCCCAUUCGCGUUCGUGUUCGCGCUCAAUCCUGCGAUCCGUCUCCGCUUUUGGAAUCCUGGAGGAUCGUCGCGUCAGAAUCUAAUCCGAUUUUCCUGGUUGUUGCUAUAAAUCAACAAAAGGAAGAGGUCGUCUUCUACCAUUUUAGAUGGUAUGCAAUGCUGGCCUAAGGAAUGUCAUCGUUCGAGUGGGGAAUCUGAGCGAUUCAAGAUCCGCAGGGGAGGGGAAUUUCGAGGGUCCGGGGUGGAAAUUAGUUCCAAGAUUGGGCGUGAGGCGUCCUCCCAAGCCCCGGAAAUUUAGGGCAAUCCUAAAGAUGAUGGUGGACUCAGGUGCUGUGGCAGAAGCUGGAGCUGCCACCAAUGUCUUGCCUGAAAAGGAUCACGUCCAAGAUGGUGAUUAUGUCAGUGGAGGAUGGAAAAGCAAGGAUGGAAAAUUGAGUUGUGGAUAUUCAAGCUUCAGGGGAAAAAGGGCAACUAUGGAGGACUUUUAUGAUGUAAAAUCAUCUAAAAUUGAUGGACAAACAAUUAAUCUCUUCGGCAUAUUUGAUGGUCAUGGCGGUUCACGUGCUGCUGAAUAUCUGAAGCAGCACUUAUUCGAGAACCUCAUGAAGCACCCCCAGUUUAUGACAGAUACCAAACUUGCUAUAAGUGAAACAUAUCAAAAAACUGAUUCAGACUUCCUGGAUGCUGAAAGCAAUACUUUGAGAGAUGAUGGUUCUACCGCUUCAACAGCUGUUCUGGUUGGCAACCAUUUAUAUGUAGCAAAUGUUGGAGAUUCACGCACUGUUGUAUCAAAGGCAGGAAAAGCAAUUCCACUCUCAGAUGACCACAAGCCAAAUAGAAGUGAUGAACGCAAGAGAAUUGAGAAUGCCGGGGGAGUAGUAAUGUGGGCUGGUACUUGGAGGGUAGCAGGUGUAUUGGCAAUGUCACGUGCAUUUGGAAACCGUCUUCUAAAACAGUUUGUUGUGGCAGAGCCUGAGAUUCAGGAACAAGAGGUUAAUGAUGAAUUGGAGCUCCUUAUUUUGGCUAGUGACGGGCUUUGGGAUGUAGUACCAAAUGAGGUCUCAAGGGAAUUUCAUGUUUAAGUUGCUGUUGGAACAUGGGUAGUAGGCUUGCGGCAAAUAUUAAUACAACUGUGUUAGAGAGUUGCUUCUGAAGCUACUAAAUGUUCCAACUUAACAGUUUUGGUUGUCUGUUUGAUCUAAUGCAGAAACUGAUUGCAGCUAUAUGGCACAUUACAACAUGCGACUGGCUGGUCAGAAAUGCUGGACAAUUAUUUUGUUGUUAGUGGCCAAAUGAAAAAAUUUGAUUGGACAAUAGCCUGUAGAGGAAUUGUCACUUUAGAGGUGGAAGGUCAAUUGUUGUUUAUAUAUCAUGUGAAGAUAGGUCACCAUGGCAAUAGGAGGGGGGAGGGAGGGAGGGGAAGAGAGAGAGCAUAUCUGUAAAUUUUUAUUGGUAAUGAAAUUCUUUUUGAAAUAAUUUGUCUUGGGAGAUGAUUCUAGCAAAGUAUUUCCUACGAAACUUGAGUGAGGCCUCGCAUGUGUUGCAUGAAUGUUAAUAGAUAUGAAUUUGUGGGCCAUGGGUUCAAGCAGUAUGGGGCAUCACAUAAGGAAGGCCUGCCACGUAGGGAUUGGAGGAGUUAAGAAGUCUUUUUCACCAGAAGUAGAUAUAUGUAAAACAAGACUGACCCCAGAUGGAAGCGUUAUGGAAAUGAGGUAUCUUGAGAAAAAAACAUAUAGAACAGGGAAUCAUGGGAAACAUUUCACAAACUAUUGUGGUCCUAGAACAUUGUGAGUCCUCUAUAAUAGGAGAGAUAUGACCUACCAUGAAAGGGGAGCUGUUAACAGAACAGCAUACAGAUUUGAUGAGGAGCAAUGCAUUGUUCUACUUUUAUUCAUUUUUCUUGGUUUUAUUAUGUACUAUUGUAUGCCCUUCUGAAUGAAUGCAUGUGUAUCUAUCAUUAAUUUGACCAUGAAGUGUAAAAUUACAUUAAUUUUAUUGUCAAGUUAGUUUUCUUGGUGUAUUCAUCAUGCUUUGUCAAGAUGCAUGAAAACUUCAGUGUGUCAUGUGCAUCCAUCAGCUGUCCGCAUUGGAGUCAUUCUCGUACUUGUUGCUAACUUGAUUAUAUGUUCUUACCGUCGAGCUCUUCUUCAUGGAUUUCUUUUUAUUCAUCUUGCUGUUGUGUGAUAUUCUUUCAUUUAUAUGCUGGUU